AUGCCGAUCACACACUCACCCCCUAGGAAACAAACCAAAAAGGCGCCAACUUUACCCCCCCAGCAAAAGACAGACCAUAAGACAAUGGAUCCAAAUGACCAACAACCAACAACCUCAACAGACAAUAAGGGCCUUCGUUUAACUUUCCCAAAACCGAAUCAAAGGAGGACCAGAUCACAAUCAAGAGCCUCCUCCACAAGUAAGGAGCCAGAAACACAGACACUGGCCCCCAAAAUCACACCACUCAAGUCAACAGAAACACUGGCACAGGCCUCCGAUACUACACCACACAUGCCAGCAAAAAUAUCGGAAAUGGCCGCCGAAACUACAUCAUACAUGCCAGUAGAAACACCGACACUGGCUUCCGACACCACAACACAAACACCAACAGAAACUCUGGCAAUGGCCCCCGAUACUUCACCGCAUAAACAAACAGAAAUAACAAAAAAUCUCCAAAAUAAAAGAGGCAAAGGCACUACUAGUAAAUGCAAAAACCCAAUUAAAGAAAUCAACAAACUUAAAAGACGAAACAAUAAAUGA